GCAGUUUACUGCAAUGGAUGCUACUUCCGGGACGAGUCGGCUCAAUCUCACGUGGUGUUGGAGCUGCAUUUGGUAUUGCUUCAACAGCACUUUGUGCUGCUGGCUUAAUACAUUGUAUAUAUGUUUGGUGUACAACUAGCAACAAAGAAAUCCAGGAAAGCUAUAUGAACGGCAAUUUGUCAACGUUGAGCAGGCUCUAUAGUACCACACAAGGACUUUGUUAGGA